AUGGCAAAGGUUCAAGUGGAGGAAGUCAGAAGGUUCAUAGAGGAUUGUUUGAGAUCUGUGGGUGCACCGGACAGCGAGGCCAAGGCGCAUGCCGCGUUAUUACUGCACGCUGACGUCACUGGACAUUUUAGCCAUGGCUUGAACAGAUUGGUGUUUUACAUUAACGACAUAGAAACGGGUUCCACCAACCCGAGUGGCAAGCCGGUAAUUCUACAGGAGUCUGCGGCGACAGCGCUGGUGGACGGCGACAACGCUCUCGGCUCCACUGUUGGCGAUUUCUGCAUGGAUAUAGCGAUUAAGAAAGCUAAGGAAAUGGGAAUCGGACUGGUCACCGUUAAACAGAGCAACCACUUCGGCAUGGCUGGCUGGUGGGCCCUGAAGGCGGAGCAGCAAGGCCUCAUCGGGCUAGCGUUCACAAACUCAUCUCCAGUUUCGGUGCCAACCCGGGCAAAGAAAGCGGCCUGCGGGACUAAUCCUAUCGCGAUGUUCGCCCCUGCUGCAGGUGGAGACAGUUUAGGAGUAGACAUGGCUACCACUACCGUUGCAGUCGGAAAGAUUGAAAUGCAAGUACACAAAGAGGAGCCAAUACCAGAAGGCUGGGCUCUGGGUCCCGAUGGGCGGAGUACUACGGACGCUGAAUUGGCUCUAAAAACGCAGCGUUUGCUUCCGCUAGGUGGCUUUGAGCAAACAAGCGGUUACAAAGGUUAUGCUUUGGCUAUGCUCGUAGAAGUGUUAUGCAGUGGAUUAUCAGGUUCGUUAGCAUCACAUCAAGUACGCUCUUGGUCUAUGUACGAGACCAGUAAACCAGCUAACCUUGGACAAUGUUUCAUCGCUAUCGACCCGCGAUUCUUCGCUCCCGGCUUUGAAGACAGAAUGGCUGACUACUUGCAACAUUUACGCAAUUUAGAGCCAGUGGACCCAUCUCUUCCGGUGCUAGCUCCAGGUGAUAAGGAGCGUCAACACAGUGAGCUGACACACAGCUGUGGUACCAUCACGUACGCUCACAAUAUCAUCCAGCUUUAUGAAACUAUAGCGGACCGACUGGGCGUCCAACCGAUGCAAUUGAAAUUA